AAUACUUCUAGUUUUUACCCAGAAGUCCUCGCGAUUGUCAUCUCUCAAAAUAAAUCAUGGCGGGACUUUUGUUUAGAGAAGAGAUUGACACUGUUUUUAGAUGAUUAGACCUCUGGUUUGGAUCCUUGCUGCUAUUAUGGGGUGGGCUGAUAGCCUAAGGAAGUACGUUGAGAGGAAAAAGGAAGAAAAAAGUGAUGAAGCUGACGAGGCGCACAAUAGUGAAUUAGAAACGGAACUAUUUACAAAGUACUAUACUGAAUGGAAAGGCAAAGCUGGAGACAAAGGGAAAGGGAGUUUCUCCACAAUCCCUAAGUUUUAUUACAAGCUCCCAUCUGAGGAUGAAGUACUGCAGCAAAAGUUACGUGAAGAGUCCAGGGCAGUUUUUCUUCAGAGAAAAAGCAGAGAGCUUCUAGAUAAUGACGAAUUACAGAAUCUGUGGUUCCUAUUGGACAAGCACCAUACCCCGCCUGUUAUAGUCGAUGAACAGAUGAUCAAUUAUGAAGAUUUUCUAAAAGUAGCUUCCCAAGCAGGCUCCAAGUGCAGACCAUUCUUUACUUCCACUGUGUUUAGCAAGCUUUUUCAUAGAGACCCCUAUGGCAGAAUUUCUAUUAUGCAGUUUUUUAAUUAUGUAAUGCGAAAAGUGUGGCUGCACCAAACAAGAAUAGGUCUGAGUCUGUAUGAUGUCGCAGGGCAAGGCUAUCUCAAAGAGUCUGAUCUAGAAAACUAUAUAUUGGAAUUGAUACCAACUUUACCACAGCUUGAUGGUCUUGAGAAGUCUUUUUAUUCCUUCUAUGUCUGCACAGCUGUCAGGAAAUUCUUUUUUUUCCUAGAUCCUCUUAGAACUGGUAAAAUAAAAAUACAAGACAUUCUUGCGUGCAGCUUUCUAGAUGAUCUUCUAGAGCUUCGAGAUGAGGAUCUUUCCAAGGAGCAGCAAGACGCAAACUGGUUCUCUGCUCCAUCUGCUCUUAGGGUUUAUGGGCAAUACUUAAACUUAGAUACUGAUCAUAAUGGGAUGUUGAGCAAGGAAGAGCUUGCAAGAUAUGGCUCUGGUACACUCACGAAAGUGUUUAUUGACAGGGUUUUUCAAGAGUGUCUCACAUAUGAUGGAGAAAUGGACUAUAAAACCUACCUUGACUUUGUCCUGGCAUUAGAGAACCGCAAGGAACCUCAGGCUCUUCAGUAUUUAUUUAGAAUACUUGAUGUACAGGCAGCUGGCUUCCUCAACAUCUUUUCCCUCAACUAUUUUUUUAGGGCCAUUCAAGAAGACAUGUCUAAGCACGGGCAUGAACCAGUCAAGUUCCUAGAUGUGAAAGAUGAGAUAUUCGACAUGGUCAAGCCUGUAGACCCGUACAGGAUCACCCUACAGGACCUAAUUAACAGUGGCCAAGGGGAGACAGUUUCAAGCAUUCUGAUUGACUUGAACGGCUUUUGGUCUUACGAGAACAGAGAAGUGUUUGCAUCACCAGAAGGGGCAGAUGAAUAGGCCAUACAAACCCGUAAAGGAAACUUGACCUCUCUGUGUAUAUAAUUGUAAAUAAAUAGUGUUUAAUUGUGAUUGACUUCAUCAUUUACGCAUUAAAACCUAUCAAAACCC